AUGGCCAGGACCACCAGGCCGUGCCUGUCCACCAUCUACUUCGCCGCACAGCCGCUCGACGCCCAUAUCACAGCGCUCCCGGAGACGGUGACUGCCGGCGUGCCGCGGCGGUACACGACCUUUACAUGGGCGGAGUACAAGACGGCCAUGUACGCGCUCCGCCUCAGCCACAACCGUCUUGAUCUCUUCCACGCGAACGCAACCUCCGGUGGCAGCUAG